AUGGGACCCGAGAAGGGAUUCCGCACCGCAAGUGGCCGUUGCGACAGGAUGAAUACAGGCGUUCUCAUCGUCGGCGCGGGUGGUUUGGGUUGCCCUGCCGCACUAUACCUUGCCGGAGCGGGCGUAGGGACGCUGGGGAUAAUCGACGGUGAUACUGUCGAAUGCUCGAACCUGCACCGGCAAGUUUUGCAUCGUACAAAGAAUGUCGGAAAGUUCAAAGUAGACAGUGCCAUUGAAUAUUUACAGGAGUUGAACCCACAUCCCAAGUAUAUCCCUUAUCGGACGCGUCUGACCCCACAAGAAGCCCCGGAUAUAUUCGUGAACUAUGAUAUUAUAUUGGAUUCAGUGCUACUAGGGAAAGCGGUGGUCUCGGCAUCUGCGCUUCGGACAGAGGGCCAGUUAAUGAUUUUAAAUCAUCCACCUAGAGCACCGGGGGACGUCUCAGGAGGUCCAUGCUAUCGUUGCGUCUUCCCUAUUCCUCCGCCGGCAGAUUCUGUCGUUAGCUGCGCGGAAGGAGGAAUUCUCGGGCCGGUUGUAGGGCUGAUGGGUGUGAUGCAGGCCGUUGAGACAAUAAGAGUCAUCACUUCGCCUCUCACGGCUGACAAUGGCGGACAAUCGAUUGUUCCAGCUCUGCACCUUUUUUCGGCAUACUCAACGCCGCCGUUCCGCAAUAUUCGGCUUCGGAAACGCAGGGCAAACUGUAGCGCGUGCUCGGCGCACCGAUCAAUCAGCAUUGAUUCGCUGCGUAGUGGCUCCACUGACUACGUGCAGUUCUGUGGCUCGGUGAACCCGCCAUCGUCUCAUGCCGCUCGUCAACGUAUCACGCCUGCUGAAUAUAAUAAUACCUAUUUGGCCGGAGCGUCUAACGGUGAAUCGGCACAAACCCCGAUCCUAAUUGACGUGCGCGAAAAGGUACAGUUCGAUGUAUGUGCGCUUUCAAAUAGCGUCAAUAUCCCAAUCUCUCAGAUACUGGCAUCGUCCCGGCCUCCAAUCGCGAAAAAUAAUGAAGGAGUUAGAGAAGAUUUGCCUUCCUGGCUUCCAGGGUCGAUAUCCAACUCUGCUAGCCCGGUAUACGUCGUAUGCCGACAAGGAAAUGACUCCCAGCUUGUGGUUCAAAAAUUAAGAAAAUUGGGUAUCGAUCGUAAUGGUGAGAGAACUGUUACCGAUAUCAAAGGCGGUCUCAAGGCAUGGCGGAUAGACGUUGAGCCAGAUUUCCCGGACUACUGA